AUGAAGGUGCGGUGCUCCCCCGAGAAGCGCGUUCGGGAGAGGAAGACUCUGCGGAUCCCUCGCGGCACUGCCGCGGGUGCUUACUCCAGAGAAGAAAAUGGAAGCGAGAGCAGCUAAACGGCAGUUUCUCUCAGCCCCUGGAUAUUAUUGAUCUCACUGGAGAAGACAUAGUUGUGAGAACAACAGCAUGCAAUGACUUGGAGAUUAUUGAUCUUACAAAGCCUGAGGAGGUCAUGAUCAACUCCCUCCAGAACCAUAGCUGCUUUGCCUGGGACCUGAAGCCGUCAACUUCAGUCUGCCCUGAGCCCAUCUGCUCUCCUAAUGUUCUCACUCUUGUUGAUGCUGAGAGCAAAUGUACUGUGCCAGUGACCAUGUGGGUUCAGGACCGUGAACGAUCUUCCCCCAAAGUAGGUGUAGGAAAACCAGACUACCUUCCAAGUAACAGCUUCUUCUGCCAUUCCAACUAUAGUGAGGAAUCUGAAGGCAGCAGUCACACCACUUACAACAGUGAUUUGGGCUCUUUGGAAAGCCCUCAGCUGGAAUCUGAUGUUUUCUCUUUCUCAUCAGGUAAUGAUGGUACUGAACGUCCAAUGCUCUUGGACUGUGUAGAACCUCCCCAGGCUUGCUCAUCUGAAAAAAAACCCAGCUUACGGUUCUAUCCCCUGCCUCAAAGACUAUCCCCAAGUCUCCGCUACUCUUCUUUGAACACUGCCAGAUCUGUAGCUGAAGCUGAUCAGCUUUUGCACCAGGCAAAAAAACCACGGCAUGCCAUGGAAUCAAAUGUUCAGGAACAAUCCAAGCGGACUGAUAUCAAGGUCUGGCUGAAAACACUACAGUAUUGCCAUGGAAUCCCUGUACAUCACCCCCUUCUUCAAAAUGUGGUGGAAAAGGAGUCACGAAAGGAUAAAAGACUAAAAGCCCAACCUAUUCCAUUCCGGAGAUUAAACAUGGUGUCCAGCACAAUUGAAGAGAAUUUUUUUCAGGGAACCUUGGAUUUCCUUAUGGACUAUGUAUCUUGUAAAUACUACCCACCAAAAGAAGUCACAACCUAUGUGGUCAGGCAGAUUUUGCUGAGCUCAGAGCACCAAGAGGGGCAACAGGAGAUACAGAAGGAUGCUUAUAUGUUGUUGAUGAAAAUCCAGGCACUUCAUCCAGCAACAGCUGAUACAGUGGUGUGGGACUGGCAACUGCUAAGUAAGAUCAUGGAAGUACAGGAAGAGAUGAUUUCUGGCCGAAUCCUCUUCUUGCAGUAUGUGAUACAGACCUUAGAAGAUGACUUCCAAAAGAUGAUCAGGACUGGUGUUCUGCACAGAUCCAUUGCCAAGGCAGUGCUUUCCUGUGACAAGUGCUUCGGAAAUGUCAAGGAAGUGAUUGAAUGGCUAAUAGCUGUGGUCACUGGGGCCAGAAUUUCUCAACACAAAAAAUGCCUGCAAGAAACCAAAAAUGUAUCGAUAAGCAAAUCCAGAGGUCAGAACUGUAACUCCACUCCAGAAGUGUCCUUAAAUGAGACCAUGCAGAAAGAGGAAAGCUCCAUACAAUUUCAAAUUCAAAAGGAAGUUGCACUUCUACAAAGGAUGCUUUCAAUAGCAGUUGAAGUGGACAAAUCUCCAAAUUGCAAUGCCAGUAAAAUUGCAGAUAUGGUUUUUUCUUCUCUGUUGAAUAUACCCAAGCGGGGCCAAAGAGACAUGUUCCUGAGCACCAUGGAUUGUCACCUUCUACGAUGCAAAGUGCUGGAGCUUAUUUUCCAACAUAGCUGCUCUAUACCAACCAAACAGCCUUUGUCUUUGACAAAAAUAUUGUAUUUUCUGAACCACGUUUCCCUGCUGCUAACAUAUCAGGACAGUGAAAAAUUGUGGCAGAGAUGGGAUGAGAUGCUUCAUCAACUGAAUUUAUUGUUGCUGAGUUACCGUACUAUAGUUCUAGAGCAUUUAAGAAACUCAGUGUAUGAACGUAUUAAUUUAAUUAUCAAAGCUGCUAAACCCAAACUACAGUCAAAUGAUUAUAUUGAAAGAAGUGAUAUAAAGCACAGCAUUCACAGCAUCCAGAAAAAGCUCCGCCAAAUUCUGGGACAGCCAAUUCCCUCCCCCAUCCAAGAAAAGAUUGAACUACUCAAGGUAUUGCUUUUCACUGCUAUGGAUAUCUAACUCGUGGAGGACUGUUGGAUGCUGACAGAUGGACCUCUUCCAAGUGUAAAGUGUUCUUUAAAAAAAAAUUACAAACUAAGUCUUCUUUCUUUGAUUGCAAUAAAUUGCACUGUAUUCUCAGUCACUGGAUAAGUCAAGAAUUUGUCAAGUUUAUUCUAAAUUUCUGUUAAUACCAGUUUGUCUAGUUUUGUUUUUAUUUAUGUUUUAUACACCUUUUAUAAUAAAUUUUACUAGCUGAAAAAGUGGAA